AUGGGUAGGCUCGGAGCGAGGAUUCAGGCUUUCCUGAACAACAGAUGGCUGGUUUUCGUGGCGGCAAUGUGGAUUCAGUCCUGUGCGGGCCUCGGCUACCUCUUUGGGAGCCUUUCGCCGACCAUUAAGAGCGCACUGAGCUACAACCAGCGGCAGAUCGCCAGCCUCGGAGUGGCCAAGGACCUCGGCGACAGCGUCGGCUUCCUGGCGGGGAGCCUCUGCGAGGUCCUGCCGAUCUGGGGAGCUCUGCUACUCGGGGCCUUGCAGAACUUCGUCGGCUAUGGCUGGGUCUGGCUCAUUGUGACGGGGAGGGCUCCCCAGUUACCCCUUUGGGCUGUAAGUGCCGCUGCAUCUUGCUUCAUUUUCGCGUUUGAAUCUUCUUUGUUCAUCUGUUCUUCCGCAAGAAUCUUGAUUAGGAUCUUUUGGGUAAUUUGUUUUCUCCGAAUUUUAGGGACAUUAAUCCUUGUAAUUCUGUGCUUCCGAUUGGAAUGAACUCAUUCAUUUCCAGGCUAUCUUUCUUCCGUGUGGAGCAUUCAAUAUUAUCCAUAGCUUAUGAUGUUUUAAUGGUCACUUCUCUGCGAUAACUGAUCACAUAGAGUUAGAUGUUCUGCGAGAUCACUCUAUUUUGGCAUCUUCUUUGUUUCGUAAUGGGCUUUAUUUUCUCUGGUUUGUCCUUCGUUUUUUAAACUAAAUCCGAGAGCUUCUAAUUCAGAAAUCCAAUUUAUCUUCUCACUUUGUUUCGAAGGCUUUGCAUGCCUCACAAAUUCAUAAUAUUUCACUGUUCGCUAUUACAUUCAGCAUUAGAUGCCAUGAAACUUAUAAGAUGUCAAUAAUGAUAAUGAUAACAACAAUCAUCAUCAUCAUCAUCAUCAUCGGACCUCUUAUUUUCACUUUCAACUCAUCAUCUCUCCCAUGUUGGGAAAGAUCUUGUGCACUGAGUCAUUUGGUCUCCUGAGGAGAAUCGGAAUAUCCUGUAGCAUCUCAGUUCUCAAUGCGAAUCAACGUGAGCUGACCUCAGCUGCUUGUUAAUUUAGCUUUGAAGACUCAACACUUAUCUUAUUUAUUUUGUAUUUCAUCCUUUGGUUCACUACGUGUAUAAAGCUAACGCUUGGGGAUUAGUUGAACGUGUGAAUUCUUACUGGUUUUUAGUGGAUUUGAUCAAAUUUCCUGUAUAUUUGUGACAGUUGCAGAGUUCUGUGCGCACAUAAGAAGUCCUUCAAAAGGAGACUGAGCCAUUUAACCUGGGCCAGGAUGUGGAUGCUUUGAGAAACUGAACCAAGAUGCGAUCCAAGUCGUUCAGAAUUAUGCUCAGAACAUAUGACCAUUUAGUUGAACAUUCUGCGUGGAGAGAGGAAAUCGUAGCUUUGUUAUUGAUCAUCAUCACAGUAGCGCAUGCCGACAAAUUUAAUAUCCUUUCCAAGAUACAGCAUGGGAGGUUGGCGUUGAGGCUUUGGUUAUCGUAUGAUUUCUCAUAUGAAAUCAGCCUGCAGAUGCAUACAGAGAUCUCUACUAGCUAAGAAUGUUGGCCUUUGGACGUAGAAUGAGCUCAUUAGAAUUAUGCUGGGAAGGGGCAUGACUUUGGACGGGAGUUGGGCUCGCAGAUAACAUGCUAGCUGCAAUGGAAUCUGGUGCAACAGAAGGACAAGGAAUCGGCUAUCCAUUCGAAUUCUAAUUUUAGCAAGUCUUCAUCAGAUGCUGAUGAUUGGUCUACUAGGGAACACGCAUAAGGUGGUGUUUGCGUCUUCAUUUAAUGUUCCAGUGGCAGGGUAGAUAUCAUUGUGGAUGAACCAACCAUAUUCCAGCAACUAGUGAGUCAUAUUCCAUUAUAGCACAUUAGCUGGGUUGACCAUGCAGAUGCAUGAGCUGUCAUGAUUCCGAUAUGGUCAUCGUCUUUUGCACUCUUCUGGUGACUUAGUCCUACUAAGGAUGAACACUCCGAAGGCAGAUUUCUGGGGUGCAGAAAUCCCCUGUUUGGCUUUCUGGGCCACAAAAAUUUAGCUUUGUCUUGUAUUAUACCAACUACCUUCCAACGAUGCAUUAUAAUUGUCCUCGAUCUUAGUCAUUCUCACAUUCAAGUAGGUUUUGUUUGUGGUUCUAUAAUUUUUCAUGAAGAAAUAACACCCACCCAGUUGGCAUUCUACUCUGCUCAUUUGUGUGCUUUUACGAGUGAGACAAGGUUCAGUUUUCUUAUCAGUCCCUCCUAUAGAGCGAUAUAUAUAUAUAUAUAUAUAUAUAUAUAUAUAUAUAUUCUUGGUGCCUAAGAUUCCCUUGUCUUCGUAGUAUUAACAGCAGAUGCUCCAUUGUUGUCCAACUGCAUUAUUUUCUGUUAUUAGAUCAAGAUUUAACACUUGGGCUCUACUCGUACAGAUGUGGAUUCUUAUAUUCGUUGGGACAAACGGGGAGACCUACUUCAACACCGCCGCAUUGGUUUCAUGCGUCCAGAACUUCCCCAAGAGCAGGGGCCCCAUUGUGGGAAUAUUGAAGGGCUUUGCUGGUCUAAGUGGUGCGAUAUUAACUCAGGUAUAUGCAGUGAUCCACGCCCCUGAUCAUGCGGGUAUGAUCUUUAUGGUGGCCGUCGGGCCGGCAAUGGUGGUCAUUGCUCUGAUGUUCAUUGUCAGACCUGUUGGGGGCCACAGACAAGUGAGGCCCUCCGAUCCUUCUAGUUUUACCUUCAUUUACAGUGUAUGUGUGCUUCUGGCGGCUUACUUAUUGGGCGUGAUGCUCCUGGAGGAUCUGGUUGAUCUGGAUUACGCUGUGAUCACCUUGUUCACAGUCAUACUCUUUGUCAUCCUGAUCCUCCCCAUUUUGGUUCCAUUGCUGCUGACCUUCUACUCCGACUCGAGCUCUCCUGGUGAAGAACCCCUGCUACCCGAGGCCCAGAAGGAAGAUCCAGGCAGGUCAGGUCAGACCUCCGGGGCCAAUGAAGUGAUUCUAAGUGAGGUUGAGGAUGAGAAACCAAAGGAAGUUGAUCUGCUUCCCGCGUCAGAGAGGCAGAAGCGAAUUGCCCAACUGCAGGUGAAGCUGUUUCAUGCUGCAGCUGAGGGGGCCGUCAGGGUCAAGAGAAGGAGAGGCCCACGCAGGGGCGAGGACUUCACCUUGAUGCAGGCACUGAUUAAGGCGGAUUUCUGGCUCAUCUUUGUCUCUCUCUUGCUGGGUUCAGGAUCUGGCCUGACAGUCAUUGACAAUCUGGGUCAGAUGAGCGAGUCUCUGGGCUACGAUGAGGCUCACAUUUUUGUCUCUAUGAUCAGCAUCUGGAAUUUCCUUGGUCGUGUUGGUGGAGGCUACUUCUCUGAGAUUGUUGUGAGGUAUGGCAUCACUCUCUUCCUCGGUUCCUAAUCAUUCCUUACGUUCAGAAUCUUCUGUCUCAUAUCUAUUUAUUUUUUUACAUAAAAAUAUAAAAAAUAAAGUCCACCCUGGGCUUACUAUAUCUUCCUCUCGAGUCCAUUUCUGGGUCAAUGUUUUCAUCAGUUGGGCAGUGAUGAUGCUACACUUAAUUUCAUUCAAGUCAUGUCGGUGGAAUUUAUGAACUGUGGGCACGCCCUCCUAAAUAAUCAAAGGAUAUUUCAAAUGCAGGCGCCUCUGUUUUGGAGAGCCCAAUCAAUUUUAAUAGCUACUGCAUAUUUAAUUGCCUUGAUAUCUUCAUUUUUCAUAGCCCGACGGAAAUAACCUAAACGUUUCAGUCGAGCUAGGAUCCUCCCAUCUUGUUUCAUAACGCGGAUUUCCUCUCAAUCUGGAUUUUUUUUUGACUGUGAACAGGGAUUACGCCUACCCAAGGCCAGUGGCCAUGGCGAUAGCUCAGGCUGCCAUGGCGGUCGGGCACUUCUUCCUCGCCAUGGCGUGGCCGGGGGCAAUGUACGUCGGCACUCUUCUGAUUGGGCUCGGCUAUGGAGCUCACUGGGCGAUCGUGCCGGCUGCGGCCUCUGAACUAUUCGGGUUGAAGAACUUCGGAGCACUGUACAACUUCCUGACGGUGGCCAAUCCAGCCGGCUCGCUGGUGUUCUCUGGUCUCAUAGCGAGCUCCAUAUACGAUUUCGAGGCCGAGAAGCAAGCCCACGAGCACCUCAACCCAGUGUCUUUCCUCAAAUGGUUAUUUAUCGGAAAUCGGCAGGUGGAGCAGGCGUUGAAAUGCGAAGGGGCCGUGUGUUUCUUCGUCACCUACUUGAUAAUGUCUGGAUUCUGCAUCAUCGCCAUGAUCUUGAGCAUGAUUCUCGUGUACAGAACCAAGGUGGUCUACGCCAAUCUCUAUGGGAAGCCUCUGAGAUGA